AGAGAAUGAUUGUCUCAGACAUCUACAACGAUUAUCAAGCUUCCAGAUCAACUUCAGAUCAGAAACCAUGAGGGCAUCUUCUUUGUGUUUGGUGUUUGGGCUGGUCCUGCUGACGGCUUGGACCUCUGAGGCUCAGCCUCAUGCUGCAGUACCUGAGAGGUGUUGCUUCGAUUUUGUCGACUUCCAAAUACCAGGCAAAAAGAUUGUGAGUGCUUUGAGGACAAGUUCACAUUGUCCUAUCGCAGGCGUUGUGGUAACGACACCUAGAACCGAAUUCUGUGUGAAACCAGACGAGGCUUGGAUAAAGAAGAUGCUGUAAUGGGGCAGCAGCUUCGGAAACAGAAAUGGAAACGCAACAUCAUUCUACA